UCAAAAUGUUAUCCGCAUUUAAGACCCCUUUCUUCGUAUUCCUCCUCCUCCUCAAAUGCACAAUCUCAACUCCACCUUCAGAAUCCUUCAUCUUUAACGGAUUCACCGGUGCCAAUCUGAAACUCGAUGGAAUCGCCUCCAUCACCUCUGACGGCCUACUCAAGCUCACCAACGCCACAAGACUAAUGAAAGGCCAUGCUUUCCAUCCAAACCCUCUCAAAUUCAAAUCUCCCGCCGGAAAAACCCUCUCCUUCUCCACAACAUUCGUGUUCGCUAUUUUAUCCGAGAUAUCCGAUGUCAGCGGCCACGGCAUCGCCUUCGUGGUCUCCCCGACGACGAACCUCUCCUCUGCUCUUCAGAGCCAGUACUUAGGCCUGUUCAAUAUGAACAACAAUGGCAAUGCAAGUAAUCACGUAUUUGCUGUUGAGCUCGACACAAUACUUAACUCUGAGUUCAAAGAUAUUAGCGAUAAUCACGUUGGCAUUGAUGUAAACAGUUUGAAGUCUAGUAACUCUCAUGACGCUGGUUACUACGACAAUAAAACCGGCGUUUUCAAGAACUUGACGCUGAUGAGUGGCCAACCUAUGCAGUUGUGGGUAGAUUUCAAGGGAGAAGAAAUGGAACUAAACGUUACAUUAUCUCCAAUCCGAAUGCCCAAGCCAAAGAAACCCCUCCUGUCGACGAAAAUUGAUCUUUCGAGCUUAAUGCUCGAUUUGAUGUAUGUUGGUUUCUCUUCAGCGACAGGGUCAUUUCACACGACUCAUUGUGUUCUCGGAUGGAGCUUCAAGAUGAACGGAGAGUCUGAAAAGCUCGACUACGAUAGGUUCCCCCCGCUUCCUCGCAAUAAAAAUAAAGUUGGUGUGAAUGUUUUAGAGAUAUGGCUGCCCAUGGCUUCUAGCUCUUUUGUGUUAUUCAUCAUUAUCGCCGUCUAUCUUAUUGUUCGAAGGAGGAGAAAAUAUGCUGAAUUACUCGAAGAUUGGGAGAUUCAAUAUGGACCUCACCGGUUCUCAUAUAAAGACCUGUUCCAAGCGACGAAAGGGUUCAAAGAGAAAGAGUUACUGGGGACAGGGGGAUUCGGUAGAGUAUACAAAGGGGUGUUAUCUCCUUCAAAGAUUGAGGUUGCAGUUAAGAGAGUCUCCCAUGAAUCAAGGCAAGGUAUGAAAGAGUUUGUAGCCGAAAUUGUCAGCAUCGGCCAGCUUCGCCAUCGAAAUAUUGUACAGCUCUUAGGCUACUGUCGACGAAAAGGGGAACUUCUCUUAGUGUACGACUUCAUGCCUAACGGUAGCCUUGACAAAUUUCUAUAUGACAAACGAAUGCCGACUCUCCGUUGGGUUCAAAGGUUCAAAAUCAUCAAAGGCGUUGCAUCCGGUCUCUUAUACCUACACGCAGAAUGGGAGAAAGUCGUUGUCCAUAGAGACAUCAAGGCGAGCAACGUUCUACUCGAUAGCGAAAUGAACGGGAGGCUUGGCGAUUUCGGGCUAGCGAGGUUGUAUGAUCAUGGAUCCUACCCUUUAACAACUCAUGUUGUUGGAACAAUGGGGUAUCUUGCUCCGGAGAUUGGAAGGAACGGCAAAGCGACGACUCUAACCGAUGUUUAUGCCUUCGGGGUUUUCUUACUUGAAGUGGUUUGUGGCAAGAGACCGGUGAAGCCCAACACUGAGAAUGGGCUCGUUCUGAUGGAUUAUGUGAUCGAUAACUGGAAACAAGGAACGUUGAUUGAGACAAUUGAUUCAAGAAUGACGGUGGAGGACUACAACGUCGAUGAGGUCGAGUUGGUAUUGAAACUUGGUUUGCUGUGUUCACAUCCAAUAGCGGGAGUGAGGCCGAGCAUGAGGCAAGUGAUGCAGAUUCUUGAUGGAGAUGUUCGACUGCCGGAGAUUACGCCGGAUUGUUUGAGCUUUGGGAGUGCGGCUUUGCCGGCUGAUUUGGGCUUUGAAGAUUAUAUCACGUCGUUUUGUUUCAUUUCCAUGUCAGGAGGAGGCCGAUGAAUCCAACGGGUAUACUAUAUAUGUUUUG